UUUUUAUAAAUUUUGGGUUUUGAGUAGCCCAAAUUUAUAUUUUUAGUUAAAACUUCGGUUCGACCCGAUUAACCCAAAAUAGCGGGUUUGGAUACGAGUUUUUUUUAUAAGAGAGGGCAAUCAAGCAACAAAUUAUGUUAAUUCCUUAGGUCAUUUUUUUUUUUAAUUUUUUUUAAAGACUUACUUCCUUAGGUCGUUACAUGCAAACUUAUCAUCCUUUUUAGAAACUAGGAGAGGAACAAGGUGGACUGGUUGUUGGCUUGUUGCCUAUUGUCGUCUUCUCUGCUCUCUCCUCCUAACCUGCGUCUUAAGGUAUGAUCUCAUCCCUAUUUUUUACUAAAUUUUCCCUCUUUUUUUCCUAGGGUUUUCGAAUUUCACCUCUGAAUUUCGAUUAUUUGCCAACUAUUGAUCCUAUAAUUCACAAAUCAAAGAUCAAAAUUCACAAUCUUUGAUCAAAAGUAACAAUCAAAUCAUCACAAUCAAUAAGAAUUAUUUGCUUAAUUAUCGAAUUCCUACAACCAUGGCUAACGCCGGCGAGGAUGAAUCUGACGCCAAAUUAAGUGACUUAGAGGAGGAGGAUAAUCAACAGGAAGAGAUUAAACUAGCCGUGAAUUCACCAGAAUCGGAAAUUUCCGUUGAGAAAUUCAAUGAAUUACUCACUGAAUUUGAUCGUGAGAAGCAAGCAAGAAUCGCUGCUGAAAACUCGAAAUCGGAGCUUGAAGUUCAAUUUAAUCGGCUUAAAGUACUCGCUCGUGAGGCGAUUAAGAAGCGAGAUGAGAGUGCGAUUCAAAGAGAUGAGGUGAUUAAGGAGAGAGAUGAUGCGAUUAGGGCAAAUGAGAAACUGAGUAAUGAGUUGUCGGAGGUGAAUAAGGCGAAAGACGAGGUUUCGAAGCAGUUGGAGGAAGCAUUGAAGGGGAAGGAAUCUUCGAGGGCGGAAAUUGAGGCUGCUGCUCAAAUGUUAGUGACUGGGAUUGAGAAAAUUUCAGGGAAAGUUAAUCAUAUUAAGAAUUUUACUGCUGGGGGUUUGCCCAGAUCACAGAAGUAUACUGGUUUGCCUGCUGUUGCUUAUGGGGUGAUCAAGAGGACGAAUGAGAUAGUCGAGGAGGUGGUUAAACAGAUUGAUUCGAUUGCCAAGUCGAGGGAUGAGGCUCGUGGAAUGAUGGAGCAAAGGAAUUAUGAGAUUGCUAUUGAGGUUUCUGAGCUCGAGGCAUCGAUUAGUCAGUUGAGGGAUGAGGUGACUGAGAAGAGUGGUCAAAUUGAGUAUUUGGAGAAGAGUAUUGCUGAAAAGGAUGAGAAAUUGGAGGAGAUUGAGAGUGGGAUGUCAGAGAGGAUAGGCUCUGUUGAGGAUGAGAGGGAGGAGUUGAGGAAGUUAGUGGAUGAGUAUGACGGUAGGAUAAGGGAGUUGGAGUUGGAGAUGGAGAAGCAAAGGCCUUUGCUUUUAGAGCAGUUAGGUUUUGUGUCAAAGAUUCAUGAUCAGCUGUAUAAUGUGAUCAAGAUUGUGGAUGCUAAUAAUGGGGAUCAGUCGGAGCUGUCAGAGUCUUUGUUUCUUCCUCAGGAGACGGGAUUGGAGGAGAAUAUACGGGCUUCGUUAGCUGGGUUGGAAUCAAUAUAUGAAUUGAGUAGAAUUGUUAUUGCAAAGACGAGGGACAUUAUGGAAGAAAAGAGUCGUGUGGUUAAAAACCUAAAUGAAACAGUUGCUCGAUUAUUUAGGGAGAAGGAGCAUGUAGGGGUGUUGCUAAGAAGUGCUCUGUCCAAGAGGUUAGCCUCAGUUUCAACAUCUGAAACAAAUACUGUGUUCCAAGUUGCAGAAAACGGUUUAAGAGAAUCAGGGAUUGAGUUUAAGUUUGGCCGUGUUCUUGAAGAUGCGAGUAAAGAAGGUUCACAGGAGACAAAAGAUGAUGAAAUAUAUGCCUUGGCUGGCGCAUUAGAGGGUAUUAUUAAGGAAUCACAAUUGCAGAUUAUUGAGCUUCAACAUACAGUGGAGGAGCUAAGGGCAGAGUCAAGUUUACUUAAAGAACAUCUGGAGACCCAAUCCAAGGAGCUCAGCCAAAGAAAGCAUCGUAUAGAGGAACUUGAAGAGAAGGAACGACAAGCGAAUGAAAACAUUGAAGGGCUUAUGAUCGAUAUUGCUGCUGCUGAAGAGGAAAUUACAAGAUGGAAACUGGCAGCAGAGCAAGAAGCUGCAGCUGGAGGAGCUGUUGAGCAGGAGUUCCAUGCUGAAAUAUCUUCCCUCAAAAAAGAAGUUGAGGAUACAAAGCAAGCAAUGUUAGAGUUGGAGAAAAAGCUCAAAUUCAAGGAAGAGACAGCUGCUGCAGCAAUGGCUGCAAGAGAAGCAGCUGAAAAAUCAUUGAGGUUGGCAGACAAUAGAGCCUCUAGAUUAAGGGAUAGAGUGGAAGAACUGACUCGUCAGCUUGAGAACUUGGACAAUAAAGAUGAUAACAGGAAUAGCACUCGUCCGAGAUAUGUAUGCUGGCCAUGGGAGUGGCUUGGAAUUGACUUUGUUGGUACACGACGGCAAAUUGAUAUGCCAGAGCAGCAAAGUCCAAACGAAAUGGAACUGUCGGAACCACUUUUGUGAUUUUUCUUUUUUUGGGGAGUUACAUUUAUAGUCAAUUUAUUGAUCUCUUCUGGCUAUUUUCUUUGUAUAAAAAAGAAAUUGUAGCUUCAUAGUAUUGAAAUUCUUCAUAGUUUUUGUCCAUAGAACACAUCAAAGUUAAACGAGCGUGUUUACUGAUCAGCACUUAGGUUCUAGGAAGCAGGUGAUUCUACUUUGAAACAAAAUGAUAAUUGCAUUGUAACCAGAUAGAUUUGAGUAACAAGUGAAGGUCUUUCUGCAACUUUCUUUUCUA